ACAAGCGCGCAGAAGGUAAAUAUGUUUUCCAGUGAGAGCUAACGGUCAUCAGACUCCACUUCCACAUGGAUAGAAGAACACAUGGCUACGCGGAGCUGCUUAUUCGACGCCUCGUCCUCCAUCUACUCCACCUACAGAAGAGGCAGCAAAUGCGCCGAGCACCGUCACAUUGUGAUGAAGGGAGCCACUGGAGAGGAGCUGAAGAAUCACAUGUGGCUCCGGAGCUGCAGGUUGCUGACCCCUGCGUUAACUAGUAAGAUGCGGUGGAGCGAGAUUUGGGUAUUUGAUUGAACUUUUGGGGACCACAGACGCUGUUACUCCACAAAAAAGACAGGCCCGGUUGGUUCAUCUUGCGUUUGAGAGGGACUUUUUAACCCGAAACUGUGUGGAAGGACACCGCUCUCUGGAGGUUCAGCACCAACAGCCUGAAACUCAUCUAAAAGAUCGCAGCAGUGUGAAGCAAAAGGCUAAGUAAAGGACAUCAGCUCAGUACGACAUCAAGACGUUUCCCAUCCAAGAUGGUGUACGGUCCUGUCACCCAGAGGGCAAAUAUCAGCAUUUAUCACCCAUCAAACCAAACUGACAAGAUGAGUUCUUUGACUAUGUUCACCAUUUCCCUCCACGGCUUGUUCUCUUCCAUCGGCAUCAUAGAAAACCUCCUCAUCCUCGGAGUAGUGGGCUUCCAUGUCCGUCGCUCCGUCAUCAGCAUCUGGAUCCUGAACCUGGCGUUCUCUGACCUGCUGGCCACCUCUUCCCUGCCCUUCUUCACCCUCUACAUGGCCCGCGGAAACACCUGGACCUUGGGCCCGACCUUCUGCCGCAUCCAUUCCUCCAUCUUCUUUCUCAACAUGUUUGUCAGUGGCUUCCUGCUGGCGGCCAUUUCUAUUGACCGCUGCCUGGUGGUGCUGAGACCUGUCUGGGCCCAGAACUACAGGAACGUCAGGCUAGUUGGGAGGAUAUGUGGCGGGAUUUGGGCCUUGGCUGUGGUCUUCACUAUCCCCUUCUUCAUAUUCCGUGACACACUUACCGCACCUGACGGCAAGAUCCACUGUUACUACAAUUAUGCUCAACUCCUCCCCGCUGAACCCUUCGACCUGGUAGCUUUAUGUAAGCAACGCAAGGAGGCGUUGGCCUUCUUGAAGCUCUUCGUAUCCUUCCUGAUCCCUCUACUGAUCAUCAUCCUCAGCUAUGCCGCCGUGAAUAACAGCUUGGCUCGCAGAGGCUGCCGACGACCCUUCCGUUUCGUUCGGCUCGUAGUGGCCGUGGUGGUGAGCUUCAUACUCUGCUGGGCCCCGUACCACUUGUUCUUCAUCAUAGAGGUGAUGGCUCCCAGUGGGCUUCCAGCGCAUGAAUUUGCACGCAAGGCCCUCCCAAUCUCAGCAACCAUCGGCUUCCUCAACAGCGUCCUUAACCCCGUUCUGUACGUGUUCAGCUGCCCUGACCUGUGCAAGAAGAUAAGACAUUCUGUGGGUGCGGUGAUGGAGAGCGUUCUGGCUGAGGAUCUGGCAGAGCUGUCCCGACGCCGCAGCACCGCUCGCCAAUCUUUCAGCACCAACGAGACUGGGAAGCGGAAGGAUUCUGUUACAAUCUUGUAUCUGAAAGGAGAGCAGGAUAAAAGUCUUGCUGACCCGACUCAGAGCUAAACAAAAACGUACGGUACAUUUUCUAAUAACGGCCAAGCUUUUAUCACUCUCAUCAGUCUAGGGCCGUCCCGAAUACCAUUGUUUGAGUAUCCUUUUUAAUUUGGGCAGGAAUUAUUACAUUUUAUUGAUGGAAACUUAAUCCUUUUCAAAAGAUGGAAGAGGAAAAUCCACUGCACUGUUGUACUGAUGGAAUUAGUGGUGUUGAAAUGUACAUUAUGCUAAAUUUACCAUCUGAGUUUUUAGAUUAUAAAUCAUUCAAUCCUUCCUCCAU